AUGUUCGAUAUAAAUGAGCCCUCGAUCAGAAACAAGAGGGAUACGGAGUCUGAGAAGAAGUCGGACGACAACGUGUCCAUCUACAACAGCGAGGAGAGCAUGCACAAUUUCGGCAAGGGGGGAAAAGGGAGUAGCUACUGUUCUGGAGAACGAGGAAAUGCUGAUAAAUUUAAGUUGCACGACGGCGAAGAUGAUCACGCUGAGGUGAUCAGUAAGGGAAGUAGCAAAAGCAGUAGCAAAGGAAGUAGUAAUGGUAAAGGUGAUGAUAGCGAAAACAUUGGAGAUUACUUUGGAGGGAGGGACUCCCUGUACAACAAAGGUGAAGGUAAAAAGAAGGAAAAGAGCCUGAUCCGUAAUGGGAGUGAAUUUUUCAUAAGCGAGGAUGAGAUGAGAAGUAGCAACAUGAGCACCGAUAUGAACAGUGACCUACGAAAGGCCCAGAGCAAAGUGCUAGUUAGCAGACACAAAACAAAAAAAAGUGGACAAGAGAGAAAUAGAAGGGAAGGCAUGCGGGCAUACAAGGCCGAUGAUAUUUCCCCUCUGCAAGAAAACAGUUUUGUUGGAAAUCGGAAUUUCAAUCAAUCGCUGAACUUGACAAAAAAUGAUAUUAUGUAUUUCUGCGAAGGGGGGAGAAUGUUGAAGAGGGAUUUUGUGGAAGGAGGGAUGAGCAAAUCUGGGCUGAAGUUAAAUAUGGGUGGAGGAAAUCAUAUCAGUGGUGGGACACACAUGAGUGUUGGAACGCACGCUACAAGCACAACCUACCAUGAGGAUGGUCCUUUGUUCAAUGCCGCAAAAUUAAGAACAGAUCGGGAGAAGGUGCAGAGGAAUCCAAAUCUGGGAUGCAGCUUGAAGAAGGCCACAAGGAGCGGGGGGUACGAGGGGGAAACUCGGACCAAUAGCGGUGAUGGUGACGGAGACGACUGUGGCGACAACUGCAGUGAUAACAGGGCGGGAGGGCUACUCUUUGCCGAAGUGACGAAAAGAUCUAUGGAAGUAAAAGGCAAGUGCAUUAACAAUAACACAAAAAUAAAAAUAAAACGGCUAUGCGAAAAGAUAGAAGGAUUUGAAAAGGAAAUAAAGAACGAAAUUUUACAGAAAAAAAAUGUGGAGAAAGAAAAAAUCUUUGUCAUCAGGGAAGCCAUUAAUAAGUUAGAAAAAAAUCUGAAUAACGAAAUAAAAAAACGAAUUGAACACAACAGAACCAUCCAGAGCAUUUUCUCCUCCGAGAUAUUAAAGGUGCAGGAGAAAAUUGAGAAUGUCGUCAAGGACAAGGUGGACGAAAUUGAAAAAGCCAUCAAGGCUCUGGACAAUAAGGUGGAUACCAUUGCCAGUAACAUAGAAAGUGAAAAAAUGAAGUGCAUCCAAAAUUUGGAAAAAAGAAAUAACAGUAUUGCUCGUGAUUUCUCCAGUCUGCAGGCUGCCUUUCAACAAGACAAGGCGAGCAACAAGGAGAAGGAGAGUAGCAUUUGCAAGAAGUUGGAGGAGCUUGAACGGAAAUCGGAGAACCGGAUCACCGCGGAGAAGAAUAUUCGAGACAACAAAUACCAGGAAAUAAUUUCUUACAUCGAGGAAAUCAAGCGAGAGAGGAAGGGGAAGAACGAAAACUUCCAGAACUUCGUCAUGGAGGAGAUCGCAACGAUAAAGAACGGGUUGAUACUGGAGUCACAGGCUCGCGAGGCCGCCGAUGAUGAUAUCGUACAGGCGGUGAACCACUAUACGAAGGCGUUGCAAGAUUCUCUGCGCCUGAUCAAUUCGAAUUAA